GGAGCAACGUUGAGCCUAAUAUUUCCGCAGUCGAGAACCUUAUUCUCCUCAGCACGGUCUGUAUGAGUCGCCGACCGUUAGUGCCGAUGUCAUCCUUCGAUGACAAGUUCAUUUCUAUUACAGAGCUGGAUCUCAUUAAGAUCUUCUGGCAUGACAACGCCUUGCGAUAUUAACUUCGAAUGUAUACCCACCAGGACUUUCCAAGUUUCGAGUACAUCGAAGCUAUCUCGCAGGCGGACGUUGGGCUAUGGCUCUCUAGAAAGGAACCGGAACAUCUCCUCACCAAGCUGAUCACCCACAUUAGAGGAUAUACGCCGGGAGAACGGAAAAGGUUCAAAGAUUACCACAGGUCGGUCGACCUUGAUGAUGACGCUUGAUAAGAUGAGAGAGCAUAUUGAAGCCAUUCGAAACGAUAACUUCGGGCCCAACACUUACAAGGAGAGCGGCUAUGCUUUACGUGGAUUGAUUCGGACAGAUGGGUUUCGGCUUCAGUUGCUCGCAUUCAAGCUUAACGAACUCAAUGCGGUCAAGUACAGACGACUUCCCGAGGCCAAGCUAUCACCUCGCAUCAAUUCUACUCUCGGCGGCACGGAUUAUUCCUUGACCGAGAUCAGGAAUGUGGUGAAGACCAAACAGGACGUCUCGGAUCUUUGGGGAUAUGAUCUGAAGCAGAUCGAGAUUUUAGGUCUGGAUCAAGGACAAGCAUUUGUGAUCAGAGUAAGCGCCCUUCUGCCUAGUUGCGAGCAACUCACCGUAGAUCAAGAACAAGAAACCAAUGGCGCUAUCAAAGAGCCAUCCCCGUCGAAUGUCGGAGGAGCAGGAGAGGCUGUUAUGACCAAGAAACCAUCUACCAAGUUUUACAACCUGGUUGUCAAGCAGAAGGCGGUGUAUCAGCCCACACUGAAGCACAGGCGUUGGUUGAAGCUAAGGAAAGGAAUGAUGGUCUAUGCUUCAAGAUCUAUUAGCAGCAUCGAGAGCAAUCUACCGCACCUCCACGGCUCUGCAGCAAGCAUCAAAGACUAUACUGACAAGCUGCGGGACGCGGAGACUCACCUCGAUUCCUUCUAUGGCAGUGUGAUUCUGAAGAAGCACAAGUGGAACGCUAGAAAGGCGCGAGACGAGGAGUACAAGCAGAUUGCCAGCCGUCUUCUCAAACUGGUUGAAGAAUCACUAGGUGCCAAGAGAGAAGACAGCAACAAGGUCAUCAUCGGCGUGGGUCUUGGAUAG